AUGUCUUCGGCUAUUAUGAUGUCAAUGUUUUAUAAAGAAGAUGAUAUGUCAGAUGCUUAUGCUUAUAUGAAAGAGCUUGUUAACUCUUCGGUGGUCACUCAGUUGCCAAGAAUGCAGGAAUAUUCUACGGAAUUGAAUUCGACUGUGACCCCAUUCAAUCAGCAUUUUAAACAGGCAAUCAUUAUUAAUGAACCGGUGCAAAACAGUUAUGUGCCGCCACCAAAGACCAAUCGACCAUUUCCACAGAACACCCUGUACAAUUAUUUUAUGACAGUCCCCAAUCCAAGUACAGUUCCGUUAACUGUAAAGCAGACACCGCCAAGUCCGGUGUCUACUUCACCUGUUCUGGGACAGUCUAGUACAUUCCCCCCAAAACUGCUGUCGCCAAUUGUUGAAAAGCCCAAAUUAACGAACAAGUCCAUCCCGCCUGCCAUGGAGAAGAAGCUACGUACACCUCUAAAGGCCCCGUUUGUUGUUCAAGAAGACGCAGCAUAUUGUGCUGAAUGCGACAAGAAGUUUUCCAAACCAUGCUAUCUGAAGCAGCACAAUAACGCACACCACAGUGGACCACGGGCUCACAAAUGUUCGAAGUGUGGAAAGAGGUUCCCCACGUUGAAGUCUCUAAAUAAGCACAUGUUGAACCAUACAGACAAACCAUUCGCUUGUGAGUAUUGUGAGAACAGAUAUCGCCAUAAACACGAUCUGGAAAGACAUGCCAGUGUUCAUUUCGUUGAUGGUAAUAAGUUUGUAUGCGAUGUAUGCGGAAAGGGUUUCCAACGUAAAGAUCAUCUGGUAAAUCACCAGAACACUCAUUAUAAAAGGAAUAGAAAGAAUUGA